AUGACGCCCUUAUUUACCUUCGCUUCGGCCGAUUUCCAACAAACAACGUUUUAUUCGUUUUGCGUUUUAGGUUCGACGCAGCAGCAGCUGCAGCAGGAACUCCCGGAACAGGAAAAAGGAGAGAAUUACCAACAGCAACGGGAAGAGGAAAAUCGCCAGGAGGUGGAAAGACUCACUGCGGAGAUAAGGGAUUUGAAACUUCAACUGUUUCAACUGACCAAUGGCCAAGCAGAAACGUCAGUUUUAAAUAUACAUUUCAAUACAACAAUGCUUCCCUUAUCAUCAUCAUCGUCAUCAUCAAAUAAUGAAUGUAUACAUUUUAUAAGAAAACAAAUUGUUUCGGCGGAGAUAUUGCGAGGUUUGCCGUUUAAUAACGAAUUUGAAAUGGUCCCGUUUAGUCAUUUUACCAUCAGCAGAGUGUAUCCGAUUGAAUUGGGUUUAGGAAAAAGGGUCGUUGAGAAACCGAUUGGGUUCAAACGAAAAGAUCUUUUAGAAGUUUUACAGAAAGCCGUUGACACGUUAAAUAAAAAUCAUACUCAAGAAAUCAAGAAGGAAAACAGGGCGAGUGUUAAAUUUACUUUGGAUGAUUUCUUAGAAGGGAUUUAUCGAUUAGAACCGACGACGGGGACCCAGUACGAGUUGUAUUUUAGGUCGAAAAUGAAAGAACCGAAUCAUUUUAACGGUUACACGAAAUUGAUUUUAAUGCGGCCUUUCGCUCCAUUACAACCAUUAAGUGUUGAACAAUUAUAUAAGCCUAAACAAAAAGAAUUGAUCCAUAUUAUUUUACCUUUAUCCGGACGAACAUCAACGUUUCAAAGUUUUAUGGAAAAAUUUGUUAAAAUUGGUUUAAAAACCGAUAAAAAAGUUCAUUUAACCGUAGUGUAUUUUGGCGAAGAAGGACUUUCAGAAGCGAGAGAUAUAAUGUCACGUGCGGUAAGAACUAAGUACAAUGGUGUCGCGAAAAAUUUAAGGCUUUUAGCUUUAAACGAGACUUUUUCUAGAGGAAAAGGACUAAGGGUUGGUGCGGAGAGGGCUUGGGAUUCAGAUGGUGUACAUAGCCAAAACGAUAAGAAAGAUGUGUUGUUAUUUAUGUGCGAUGUAGACAUAGUUUUUAGUGCGCGAUUUUUAGAAAGGUGUCGAUGGAACACUCAAGUGGGAAAGAAAGUUUAUUAUCCCGUCGUUUUUAGUUUGUAUAAUCCGCACGUUGUGUAUACACUUCAAGGACGAGAAGUUCCAUCCGAAACGGAACAAUUAGUAAUUAGCAGAGAUACCGGAUUUUGGAGAGAUUUUGGAUACGGAAUGACUUGCCAAUACAGGUAGGUAAAAUAAUAAUAAUAAAUUUUCUUAAAGUAGAAAUAGAUACAAACACAUUUCGUACAUUUCAAGGCGCUUUUAAGAGAUUGCAAGUAACGGUCGGUUUUAUCGUUUUCCCUUACCACUAAAGAAACCUUAGAAGUGG